AUGCCCGCAUACCAUUCGAUCUUCCUGGACGAGGCCGACCUCCCUGUUAUCGGAAACUUCCCUCUCCUCCCUCUUCGCACUCGCACUCGGGGCCCCGCAUACGUUCUCCCCGCGCUUCCUCCCUCAGUGUCCGACCUUGAUAUUGACCCGAACAGCGAGUCGUACGAUUGCAUCGAUGAGAUUCUUUCUCUUUUCCGCGCCAAUGUGCUUUUCCGCAACUUUGAAAUCAAGGGCCCUGCCGAUCGCAUGUUAAUUUAUGGUAUACUCUUUUUGAGCGAGUGUUUGGGAAAAGUCAAGCCGGGAAUGGCGGCUCGAGAUGCUGAGAAGGCCUUGAUUAAUGUGGCCCUCGAACAAUUCGCUAUCCCCGGCGACGUCUCGUUUCCUCUGAAUCAAGCUUUUGAGCGUCCGCGCGACAGACAAGACGCCGAGCAACUCCGACAAUACCUUUCUCAAGUCCGACAAGAACUUGCUAUCCGACUACACUCUAGAUUAUACCCCGGUGGUGAAGGUCCUUCCAAGUUCUGGCUUAGCUUUGCGAAGAGAAAGUUCAUGGGCAAAAGUCUAUAG